GUGGCUGCUGAGACAUUGAGGGUUCUCCUGGCCUGUCCCCAUGCACAUCCUGUGAGUGACAGCUUUACAGCGGGGUCUUUGGAGGUCUGGGACUGUUCUUGCAGAAUAGGUGAAUAUUUUAAAUGAACCUGAACCCCUACAAGGAGGCAGCGGACUGGCACAAUGCGGGAGGCAGGAAGGUAUCGCAUGCCCCACUUACUGCUACUGGUACUGGUACUGGUGUUUGGUGGUGGGGACUCUCAGGCGCAGAGAGCCGGCUGUAAGAACGUCCAUUAUGAUUUGGUCUUUAUCUUGGACACAUCUUCAAGCGUAGGCAAAGAGGAUUUCGAAAAGGUCCGGCAAUGGGUAUCAAACUUGGUGGACACAUUCGAGAUCGAACCCGAUAAGACUCGAGUUGGAGUUGUACGGUACAGCGGCAAACCGUACACGGAAUUUGACCUGGGGAGGUAUCAAACUCGGGAGGACGUCAAAGAAGCAGCUAGGAACAUUAAAUAUUAUGGAGGGAACACUAACACGGGGGACGCCCUCCGAUAUAUCACAACGUACAGUUUUUCUAGAGAGGCCGGUGGGAGACCCAGCCAGCGAGCCAUUAAAAAAGUCGCCAUCCUUUUGACGGAUGGAAAAAGCCAAGAUCUGGUGUUAGAGUCGGCCACGGCGGCACAUAAAGCCGGGAUUAGGAUUUUUGCUGUAGGCGUUGGGGAAGCUCUCAAAGAAGAAUUGGAGGAGAUCGCAUCAGAGCCCAAAUCCGCCCACGUGUUCCACGUAUCCGACUAUAACGCCAUCGAUAAAAUAAGAGGGAUAUUGAGAAGAAGACUGUGUGAAAGCCAUCCAGGUCUGCAAGGAGAACGAGGUGAAAAGGGCACCAGAGGGGAGAAGGGUGAUAGAGGUAUAGACGGAUUUCCUGGAAAGCCAGGUUCAGAAGGAAAAGAGGGCCUUAAAGGCAGCAUUGGAUUACCGGGUCUGAAAGGUCUUAAAGGCGACAGUGGCCAGAAGGGCGAAACGGGGACGCCCGGAUUACCUGGAACUGCUGUCCAGCUGGAAGGGCUGAAAGGAGAACAGGGGAUUCCAGGGCCGCGGGGGCCACCAGGGUUUGCAGGACCACCUGGACCAUUAGGACCGGAGGGCCCCAAGGGCAGCUCUGGAAUUCCUGGAGCCAAAGGAGAGCAGGGUAUAAAAGGAGAAGACGGAUUACCUGCAGUGGAUGGUGUUCCGGGCCCGGAGGGACCUCCUGGGCCAGCGGGCGUUUCUGGACCCCCCGGAGAGACAGGCCUUCAGGGGCUGCCGGGUGAAAUAGGAUUUCCUGGAAAGCCGGGGAAGAUUGGACCCCCUGGAGCACCUGGAAAGGAAGCAAUAGAUGGGCAGGAUGGAAAACCAGGUUCAAAGGGUGAACAAGGAGAACGAGGCUUGGAUGGAAUUCCCGGGCAAACUGGUCCAAGGGGACAACCUGGAGAGCAAGGCCUCUCCGGCCCACCUGGAGUAAAGGGUGAAGCCGGACCCCCAGGAUUGUCUGGAGGAGAUGGACGGAGAGGAGAGAAGGGAAAUCAGGGAGAAAAGGGAGCGAUCGGGCCAUCGGGACUGAGGGGAGAUAAAGGUGACGCGGGUUCGGUUGGCCCGCCUGGUUUACCAGGAACAGCGGGAAAAACGGAGACCGUAGUCGGAGAGCCUGGAAUUCCCGGACUGCCCGGAGACCAAGGAGAGAAGGGAGACCAGGGCGAUACCGGAGAACCAGGACCACAAGGACUAACGGGAGACGUGGGCCGUAUCGGACCAGCAGGACCUCAGGGUCCACAGGGGCAAGAUGGAGCCAAAGGAGAGCGUGGACCAAAGGGAGAUAUUGGUCCACCAGGCUUAGCCGGCCAGCCUGGAGACCGAGGACUACCCGGAAAUGUGGGGACCCCGGGAGUCGCCGGUUUGGCGGGAAAGGACGGUCGGAAGGGUGACAAGGGGGAGCCCGGUAAAGACGGACAAGUUGGACCUCCCGGUCCUCAAGGAGAAGCCGGUCUUGCUGGUUUGCCCGGACUACCAGGAAGAGGCAAGGACGGCGAACGGGGUGAGCGCGGACCUCCUGGACCACUGGGACAACAUGGCUCUAAGGGGGACAGAGGGUCUCCAGGUCUCCCCGGCCAGCCUGGAGCCAGAGGACCCCCAGGAAUAGCCAUUGACGGUUCUCCAGGCCCCGCUGGACCUUCGGGAGAAAAAGGGGAACAGGGUCUUAGGGGUCUGGCCGGCCUACCAGGUCCCCAGGGACCCCCCGGACAAGAUGGCUUUCCAGGAAAUCCAGGAGAGAGAGGACUACCGGGGGCACCGGGUCAAGCCUCCGCGCUCUCCCCAGGGGACUUACAACACCUCUUUAAGGAUGGGUGCAGAGAUUGUCCGGCAGGGCCGCCCGGGCUGGCGGGAAUCCCAGGAAUUAAGGGAGAUAAAGGUCUCCGAGGCUCUCCAGGAAAGGAUGGCAUCGAUGGUAAAAAGGGGGAACUAGGACUCAUGGGUCCUCCUGGUCCUACAGGAUUGGAUGGCAUGAAGGGCGGCAAAGGAGACCACGGGGAACACGGAGAGCCUGGACCGAAAGGUGAACAGGGUGUUCCGGGAAUGCCGGGAUUUGUCGGAUCACCUGGUAAUGCCGGCCCACCUGGAUUGGAUGGCUUACCCGGAGCAAUUGGCCCUAGUGGACCGAAAGGAGAAACUGGGAAGGUGGGUCCUGCGGGACCACAGGGACCGCCUGCCUUACCAGGACUGCCGGGCAUCGCUGGGAAAGACGGAAAGGACGGGAAGCCGGGCGCUCCGGGAGAGGCAGGGAAACCAGGAGACCUUGGCCCACCGGGCAGGGAAGGGGCUCAGGGACUGCCUGGUUUCAAAGGUCACAGAGGAGACACAGGGCUACCUGGCACCAGAGGGGAGCCAGGUGUACCGGGACCUCCAGGACGGGAAGGCACACCAGGAAAAGAGGGGGAUCCCGGACCACCAGGUCAUCAGGGCCCGAGAGGGAUUCGAGGACCAUCUGGUAAGAACGGGCACGUCGGCCCCCCAGGGAACAUAGGGGCCCCUGGUGUGAUGGGUUCUAAAGGAAGCAAAGGCGAUGCCGGAAGUGUCGGAAUGCCCGGGUUUCAGGGACAGAAAGGACCACCGGGACUACCUGGGGAUACCGGUUCACCUGGGAAAGAGGGCGCUCUGGGGAAGCCGGGUGAUCAGGGACCUAAAGGCGCUCAAGGCGAUCCAGGUAACAAGGGCGACAAAGGCAUGCAGGGAGAGAAAGGGCAGCCUGGAAAACCCGGAACCCCCGGACACAAGGGCCACACCGGCUUAAUGGGCCCCGCUGGACCUCCUGGAGAGCGGGGAGAAUUGGGACAUCCUGGCCCACCCGGAGUUCCAGGACUGACCGGCCCAAGGGGAGAAGCGCCAUCCAUUGAGACUCUGCGGAGACUAAUUCAAGAAGAGCUGGGAAAACAACUUGAUUCCAAAUUAUCCUACCUCAUAUCUCAGAUGCAGCCGGCACACAUCAAAUCCGAACAGGGCAGGCCAGGGCUACCAGGUACCCCUGGGAAGGAUGGGACUAAUGGUAGACCAGGCCCAGCAGGAGAACCAGGACUGCCUGGACGAACGGGACAGGAAGGACCUAUAGGACCCAUGGGCCCAAAAGGCGAGAGGGGAUCCAAAGGAGACCGAGGGGAACGCGGAGUUGGCAUGAGGGGUGAAAUUGGCCCACCGGGAAUUCCAGGUGUUCCUGGAGAACCCGGCUAUGCUAAAGAUGGAACGCCAGGUUCCGCAGGUCCUCAAGGAGAACCAGGUUUAACAGGACUUACUGGACCUCAAGGACCUCCUGGUGUUAAUGGACAAUGUGACCCAACACAAUGUGCCUACUAUGCGAGUCUAGGUUCCAGGCCUGGUAGCGUCAAAGGAAAUUAAAGAACAUCUGAGACCCAGGAGGACUCAUUGCUGAAACUUGAAUUUAUUGCUGGUUUUAAAACCUUCCAAAAUGAAGGGUACCGACAUGCGCUACCAACCUCCAGGGAGUUUCCGACUUUGGGGGGGUGGGGAGGGGGGGGGGGAGCGAUUCAGUUUCAAUACAUUUCUCAUCUGUUUUAUUUUUAAUAGAUGAAAUUGAUGAUUACUGCCGGUCGGUCAAGGCUUUUUGUGUUCCUCAAUUACGUGUGUCAUCAUUGUCUUCUUGUUUUUUUGUUUUGUUUUUUUAAAGAAGGAAUUGUACUUUGAAAGUGCAGAACAUUGUACAGAGACAUUUAAAAGCAGACUGUCUGAUGGAGAUCAAAUACAAUCUCAACAUUAGCCGGGGUCGUAUCCUCUCCUGGCUGUAGACUAGUCUGGGACAAAGUUUCUCAGCCCUCUCCACAAGUACUCAUAACCACAGGCCCAUGUUUGGCCAUGCAGACCUGGCCCGGGAGGAUAGGAAAUUUAGAGAGUCCCAUCAGCCUUUACUCCUUGUUGCAACUUCUUUUUCCUUCAGUUCCUGACAAUGGAUUGAAGUCAUCUCAUUAUAACCCACUUGGGACAAAUUUAGUCCUUGUCCAUAUUCCACAAUCAGCCUUUGCCAUGCCACAAAAUAAAUCAGACCACAUCCAUUUUACAGAUCAUAUUUAAUAGUGAUAAAAUGAAUAAUUUAUGAUAAAGAUAAAGAGGUUGAGACAAUGUUUCUUCGAGGUCCUGAGAAGAGAGGCCUUCAAACGUGGUUUAGGUGGCACAAAAAUGCACAACAGGCUUUCAUGCGUUAGGCAAGGGUAAAAAAUUGGAUUAAUGUUCUGUAAGGAUGGCUUGUUCAGAGGGUUGAAAAACUCUGGUUUUGAUUGGUUUACUUGUACCUGCUGAUGUCAGUGGUGUUCGACUAGGCUUAGGGACCCCGUAGGUCUCUAUCCAUUCUGGCCUGAAUACCUGAUAUCACUUAUGUUACUUCAGAUAAUACAUUGCUGCAGUUUAUAAAGAAUGUACUGUGCAGAAGAUAAGUUAUUUGUGGAUCUGUUGAUCUAAAAUGUUGUGUUGGAUGGACGCUUCUUCAUCCAUAAUUAUGGUGCUCAUAGGUUUUCGUGCAGUAGAAGUUCAACCCACGCGUUUUACUAGGUAACCACCGCACUCUCCUCUGCAUAAUGUGUGGGACUUGUGACUGUCUUUGAAAGAAAGCUUGAUGUAUUGAACGUGUAUUGUAUUGACAUAAAAUACAUUUGUGUUCAAAUUUACAUUUAUAUUGAUUUUCUCUUGAAUGCAAUUAGCUUCCGCCAUGUUUGGCCUCAUCUAGUUUUGCUUGAAAAUAAUAUAUUAGCAAUAGGAAAUAAAAGAAGGUGCGGUGGGAAAAAAGGAGGCAACAGCUGUGGAUUCCGUAUCAGUAAUAAGUCACUGCAGCAUGAGGGCCCAUUCAUGCACCUCUACAGUAGUUUGUGAUUGCAUGCCAUGCAGAUUCCAUGGGUAGAUGUAAAACAGAUGGAAGCUACACCCUGUAUCUGGUCAAGCGAAGUCUUGAGCUUCACAAGGGGUCAACACCCAUGCUCACAUAUAACGUACAUUACAGUGGCCUCCUGCUCCCUCUCUUCCAACUCUCAACCUAAUCACUGCCCUCUCUCUCUCUCCCGUAGGCCCUCAUGCACUGGCAACUACCCCAUAGUUUGACCAUCAGUAUACACAGAUGUUGGGUUCGAACAAGUUCCAGAGUCCAGACACAGAAUUUAGCCCAUCUCUCCACCCUUCAACUGAGUCAGGUGUAGCUGGGUUUGGUGGUUUUUGGAUGUUCAUUUUCCCAAACCAGGUCUGACUGGGCUUAGUGGAUCUUUGGAUUGUCCUUUCCAGGUACCAAAGAGGCACUUUUAAACACUUGGGUCAGAUGAACACUCUCUACACUUAAUCACUAUCGUUAGCUGGAUGGUUGGUUCAUAAGUCUACAUUUUUUUUUUUAAACACUCAUUUUUCUUUUAAAAACUUUUCCACUUUCGAUGUCAAUUUCUGAAAUUUUUUUUUUUUUGGUGCUUAAAUUAAACCGAUGACGUGUAGGUUUUUUCCUUCAGUUCUGACCUCUGAUUUCCAUAUCAUUUAAAGCAGCGUCAUAUCUCUAUGAACAUAAUAUUCUUUAAAAAGUAUUAACUCAGUUUUUACAAAAGCACUAGUCUUCCAAAAAUUGCACCAAUCACUUUAUUUCACAAACCGUUUCCCAAUUAGAUGGAUGAUGGUAGCCUGAUGGAAGUAAGUAGGAAGUCGCUGGUGAGAUCGACCAAUCAGCUUUGCCUCAAACUUAUCCAUGGUUUGGUUGCCUGGAGACUGGAAAAACAAAUCAGGGAGUUACAGUGGGAGAAAUAUGGGGACUCCAUGGUUGAGGAUAACUGUUUAUAGUUCAAUACAUGAGCAUGAAUGAUGCUUCUCCCUCAAAGCUUGCAAUACUGAAUUAUCCACUAGCCUCAUAUGGACAAGGGCAUACAUAUCUUGUUCUUUUAUUUACUUUUUAAUACCGUUUUCCAAUAAGCCAAUGUUGGUUAGGAGGAUGUUAGCUGAUCAUCUUGCCCUGGAUUGCCCUCUUCUGUCAGGCAUUCCCCAAGUCCCGUCAAGUCCUCUGGCCAGUCACCAUCCAAUGUGAAUAUUUCAGUCGUUUGGUGCUGGAAUAUUAUUUUAGAUUUUCAUAUUUGCGUAUACAGUAAAUGCUAUAAAGAAAAUAAAGUUAGCCCAUAAAUACCUACGCUACGCUAUAUCUGUUAAGUUAUUUGGAAUUUAAGUUGUUAUGUAAAUACAGUAAAAGUAUUAUUUUGUAUGAGUGAAAGCUGAUGUGAAUA